CAUAACAAAGUUCUCGUUUGUUUAUUCCGUUAGUUGUGCUUUUCCCAAAAACCCUCUGCAAACCCUCUCUUCUCCAACCACCGUAUUCACCGUCACUGCUACCGCCGCCGUCGUCGCCACCACCGUGAAUACUACCGCUUCCUCCGUUUACAGGAGAGAAAAUGGAACACAGGCUAGCUAAUUCACUAAUAAUGACAGUAAAUGAAAAGAAAUUCAUUGAAAGUGCAUUACUUUCAGACAUUAGGGUUGAUGGUAGAAGACCUUUUGACUAUAGAAACCUAACUAUUAGGUUUGGCAGUGAAGAUGGUUCAGCAGAGGUGCAGCUUGGUCAGACACAAGUUAUCGGUUUUGUCACUGGUCAACUUAGUCAACCGUAUAGAGACAGGCCAAACGAAGGGUCUUUUGCAAUCUAUACCGAGUUUUCACCGAUGGCUGAUCCUUCGUUUGAACCAGGUCGUCCUGGUGAGACCGCUAUUGAACUGGGUCGGAUUGUAGAUCGUGGUUUAAGGGAAAGCAGGGCAGUAGACACGGAAUCGCUUUGUGUUAUUGCCGGGAAGUUAGUAUGGUCUAUUCGGAUUGACCUUCACAUUAUAGACAAUGGAGGAAAUUUAGUUGAUGCUGCGAAUAUUGCUGCUUUGGCUGCAUUGUCAACAUUUAGGAGGCCUGAAUGUACGUUAGGAGGAGAAGACGGUCAAGAGUUGAUAGUACAUCCACCCGAUGAGAGGGAGCCACUUUCAUUAAUACUUCACCAUUUUCCAGUAGCAGUAACAUUUGGAUUUAUCGGUAAAGAAAACACCGUGGUGAUUGACCCGACUCACUAUGAAGAGGCUGUGAUGGGUGGAUCAAUGACUGCUACACUCAACACAAAUGGUGACGUUUGUGCUAUUCAGAAAGCUGGCGGUGAUGCGGUCUCGCAGACUGUUAUUAUGCAGUGUUUGCGCAUCGCUUCCGUGAAGGCUGGUGAUAUAACAAGCAAAAUAAAAGAUGCCGUUGAAUCUUAUAAUACACAACGAUCAUUACGGAAAAUCAAACGUCACAAUCCCGAUCAACAGGGUUCCAGUGACGUGGCAAAGCGUCACAUGGAAAGAUUAACGGUGGGUUCAGAUCAAUCUGGUAUUGCAAGCCAAUUCAACGAACACGAUAAAACAAACAAGAGAAACAGCACGUUGAAGGGUUUUAGUGGUGGUCCUGCUAGUUGGGACCCGUACUCAAAGGGUGUUGAUGGCGAUGCAUUGAGAACUUCUCUAGCUUCUCGUGUUGCACCUGUAGACAAGCAGAAAGAAGAAUCAAGUCAAGUGAAUCCCGAGACCAAAUCUAACCCAAAAUCAUCUGAGACCAACUCGAUUGCUUUGACACACGAAGUUGGAUUAGAGAGAAAGCAAUCAAAGUCGCUAAAAGACGCAGUGAAGCCCAAGCACAAGAGAAGAAACAAGUCGAAUGCAAGUUAGAUCAGCACGGGCCAGGCCAGGCCAUUUUUGUUCAAACUGUACAAUAUAUUCGAUCAUUGAAGCCGAAUUUGUUCUUGUGCUUUGAUUUUCACACAGGCGUUAUUUGACUUGAGAGGAUAUGGGCCUCAGCGACGGAAACUCUUUGAGAAACUGAACGAAAGAUGUGUAUAUAGACACGAGCGUAGAAGUUAAGUGAUCCGUCUCGUCUCUAUAUUCUGAAUUGAAUGCAAUUUUCUGGAGUAGGUCCUUAUUUCAGUUUUGAUUAUAUUGUUUUAAAAAAGUUAUAAAUUGUUAUUUUGUGGUUUUGUUAAUUGUAGUAGUUCUCAUUUUAUGUUAAUUUUUUCUAUCCGUUGUAGUUU